CGUUGUCGUGCCGUCUCUGUACCGUUAAAUGUGUAGUCAGCUUAGUAAUGAAUGCCAUAAUUUGAAAAUAACUCGUAGUGAUAAUAAACGAUGUUUUGCUUGUUAAAAGUGUGUUGCGGAAAUAAACUACCAGCAACUUCUUUUAUAAAAAAAGUUACAUCCUUACGGUACCAAGGUUGGAAGUUGGAACAAAAACGGCAGAUACACGUACCGAGAUUUCAUCAAAAGAAUAGACAAACUAAUUGCUUAAUAAACAGUUUUUUAGAUGAAAAAUGGGAGGCAAACACUCCAAAUCUUGUAUAUGAUGUAACAAAAACUUCGAAGAGAAAGGAGGCAGAAGCCAAACCAAAGGAAGAACCAGAGAAGAAGAUGAGAAAAAAAGCUGAUACAACUGAGAAAGCUUCAAAACAAGCAAAAGUAGAUGAGGAAGCACCACCAAAGAAAACAACAAGGGCCGGUGCCGCUAAGAAAGAAAAAAUAACAAAGGAAGAGAUUUUAGACGAAAAUGAGACUGCAGUGGUGAAGAAGAAAGUUACUAGGUCUAAGAAAACAAAGGAUGAAGACUUACCAGUGGAAAAAGUAUUAGAUUCGAAAAAAGCUACCAAAUCUCAAAAAUUAAAGAAAGAUAAACCGACUGAAAAAGCUUCAGGCAAAAAUGUGACCGUUCGGGGUAAACAAGAGAAAAAAAAUACAGAAGAAUCUCAACAGACGGAAGAGGAAGAAGGUGCAAAGAAAGGAAAAAAACGGAGGGGAGCAGUAAAAGUAGAAAAAAACGAAUCUAAAGAUGAACCGCCAACCAAGUUAACAAAAGCCAAUGCGACAGUCACUACUUGGGAAACUAUCGACUUCAAAUGUGUUUCUAAAAAUUCUAAAGGAGAAACGUCAAAUUUUCACAUCACUUCGUGGAAUGUGGAUGGAUUGAGAGCCUGGGUGAAGAAGGGUGGUUUAAAUAUUUUAGAAUAUGACAAACCCGACAUAUUUUGUAUGCAAGAAACGAAAUGCAGUGCCGAAAAAUUACCUGAAGAAGUGAAAACUCUCGAAGAUUACGAAGUAUUUUGGUGUUCCAGUGACAAAGAAGGAUAUGCUGGAGUUGGCAUUGCAACAAAGAUCAAACCUAUUUCCGUAAAGUAUGGCAUUGACUCGGAAGAACAUGACACCGAAGGUCGUUGUAUUACUGCGGAAUAUGAAACAUUCUUUUUAGUUAACGUAUAUGUGCCAAAUGCAGGGCGAAAAUUAGUAACUUUACCAAAACGUUUAGAUUGGAAUACGUCUUUUAAAGCGCAUAUUAAAAAACUUGAUGAACUUAAACCGGUGAUAGUAUGUGGAGACAUGAAUGUAUCUCACCUAGAAAUCGACUUAGCAAAUCCUAAAUCGAAUACGAAAAAUGCCGGUUUUACCGAAGAAGAACGAAAUGGUAUGACGGAGUUUCUGCAGGAUGGAUACAUUGAUACUUUUCGGAAACUCUAUCCAGAUAAAGAGAAGGCGUACACUUUUUGGACUUACCUAUCAAAUGCAAGAUCUAAGAAUGUUGGAUGGCGUCUUGACUACUUCAUUGUUUCAGAGAGGUUGAUGGAACAUGUCUGUGACAAUAUUAUUCACAGUCGUGUGUUAGGUUCGGAUCACUGUCCGCUUACUUUACAUAUUAACAUUUAAUGUUUGUAUCUCUUACUUUUCUUUUUUAAUUUAAAAUAAAGAGUUUGAAUAUUUUA